AUGACCAUCAAAAAAUACAUAGAAAGCGAAAAAGAGAUCAAUGAAAAUAGCUUGUUGAAAUCCAAAAAUACAUGUAUAUCUGAGCUUAACCAACAACAAGCCAUUGAUAUGGAUGCUGCCAUUACUGCUGUUGAUAAUCUCAUGGUAAUUCUUGACAUCGAAUUCGCUGAUUUUGAAGGGUGUCCAGUGCGCUCUGGAGAGAAUGGCGUCAAUGUCGCAGAUUUUUGCUCUAAACAAGGGCUGGAUUACAAAAAAGAUGUUAGCUCACCAAGCAUGUUCACUGAAUUAGGAGGAAAUAACAAAAAGUGGAUAUUGGAAUGGAUGAAUAGUUUACCGCAGGACAAAUUAUUGCCAACGUCGGCGGUUGAUGAUUGA